UUCUUUUCUGUCUCCUGUGGCAAUGGGAGGCAUCUCACGUAUUUGAAAUUUGUUUGGCCAUACAUCACAGUCACAGCCAGUCAGCCUUAUCUUGAAAGAAUUAUAUAGAGAUAAUAAUAAUAAAAGCAAAUCUAAAAAUGUGGAGACGGCGUUGGUGUGCCGGAGUUAAUUAAUUGAUUAAUAAUCUUUCCUUUAUUUGAAUUUCAAUAUAGAAAGUUAAAUUUUAGUCCAAGAUGUCAAGUUUUAGUCCAAUAGCCUAAAAGCCCAAAACUAUUUUAGAAUUCCUGAAAAUUUGGUUUGGAAUUGGUCUUGAAAUUAGGAUUCCCAAAAACUUCGGUUUGAGAAUCGGGACAAGGAUUUCGGUUCGGUAUCUCAUACCGAACCAGCCCUUUCACCUAGUGUUCCGGAGCCGAAAACACUGAAAAAUCACUUGACCUUAUAAGUUUGGAAGAAAAAUCGACAAAUAGGUGUUUACAAAUAUGUAUAGGGUGCUAGUCCCCCUCUUCACUAUUGCUGAUUUGCUAGAGAGAAAAAAAAGUAGAGUAUGCACAAACUUGCGGCUUCAUUGCUCAGCACCUUUUGCUUCUUCCGUCUUGCUCCAGUUUGAAUCGACACACACCUCUUCCUUCACCACCAUAUUCUUCCACAUCGUUCUAAACCCAAAACCCAGACCGCUGUCUGCUCAUCCAAAAUCCAAACAGCCGCCGCCACAACUUCAUCCACCACCACGUUUUACAAGUUCCUCCUCACCGAAGAAGCGUUUGGAGGGACUUUUGAAACUGAUUGAUCGGUCCAUCAAUCAAUCAACGGUGGACAUGAACAUAAUCCCAGAGGAAUGGAAAUCUCUGUUCCCAAUCUCAUCAGUCUUCAAGCCUCCUCUCCUCCUCUCAAACCCUUCACUUAAACCCAUCCUGGGUCCCCUCAUCUUCAACCCUAAACCGAACUCCGCCGCCGUCCUUUUCUCUUCCUCCUGCCUCCUCCCCCAUCUCCCUCCUCUACCCCACCUCUCUCUCCCCCGUUUCCUGCUCACCUCCUCCUCAGACUCCGCCCCUCUUCCCUCCACCUCCCAUUCCAUCGCCUCUCUAUUGGGCCCCCACAACCACAAACACGACGUCGUCUCUUCCCUCCUCCUCAACCGCCUUGAGCUCCUCCAGUGCCCGCAGAUUAACUCCAUUGUUGUGUUCUUCCCCACUGGCCAGAACUCUGACCAAGUUGGGUUCUUGCAGUUGGUGCUAAAAGAUUCGACCUUUGGUGUCAAAGCUGAUGAAAGCGGCAAGGUUUUGGGUUUGAGGGGUCCGUCCAAUUACCGGAUUUCGAGGAUUUCAGUGAACCCGGUUCCUGGGUUUUCAAGUUCAAGAGGUAAUGGUUCUUCUGUUACAAUUGGGUAUUUGUUGGCUUCUACUAUGCACUCUGUCCAGUGGUUUACUGUAAAGGUUGGAGAUACAAGUUCGAAUUUGGGUAAUAAAGUUAGUUUAAAUUACUUGGGCAGUAAGGUUUUCAAGACUUGCUGUGUUGUACAUGCCUCUUGGAGUCCACAUUUACAGGAAGAGAGUGUGGUUUUGUUAGAAAAUGGUGCUUUGUUUUUGUUUGAUUUGGAGUCUCGUCCGAAAACCCAUAAUUUUAAGUUUAAAGGGACCAGAUUGAAAGUAGUAUGGGAUAAUGGCGAUGUUUCGAGUACUUCAAGAAAUUAUAGGUGGUUGAGUUGUGAAUUCAGUUGGCAUCCUAGAGUUUUGAUUGUUGCGCGUUCGGAUGCAGUUUUCUUAGUUGAUUUGAGGUCCCAUGAAUGUAGCGUGACUUGUCUGAUGAAGAUUGAGAUGUUGCAUAUGUAUGUCCCGGUUGAAAAGGAGCAAUUCCUUGUGCUUUCAAGAACUGCUUCUGAUGAUUUUCACUUUGUUUUAGCUUCUGACAUGUUAUUACUUCUUUGUGACGUGCGCAAACCAUUGAUGCCGGUGUUGCAAUGGGCUCAUGGCCUUGAUAAACCAAGCUAUCUUGAUGUGUUUAGACUGUCAGAAUUGAGGUCACACUCGAGGGAGGACAUGUAUAAGUGGGCUUCUGACUCAGGUUUUUGCAUUGUGAUGGGGUCAUUUUGGAAUUGUCAGUUUAAUACCUUUUGCUAUGGCCCUUCCCUCCCAACUCCAGUAGGAUCAGUUGCUUCCAAAGUAGCAGAACUUCGGAAGUCAUUUUAUGCAUGGGAGCUACCUUCAGAUGUUUUACUGCCGGGCCACGAGUGUCAUUGUGGAAACUGUAUAUUAAGAGAAGAGUUUGUAAAAGACGCUCUUCCUGAAUGGGUUAAUUUGCAACAGAAGAAAGAAAUAGUUUUGGGUUUUGGCAUUGUAAACAAAGAAUUGUCUUCUCUGCUUUCUGAGCCAGAUGAAUUCGGUGGUUUUACAUUGAUCAGGCUUAUGUCCUCAGGGAAGCUAGAAUUACAGAGAUACUGUGCAUCGUGGGAUCCUGUAAAAAAGGUAGAAGAAUCGCAUAGGGAAUCACUGCAUUUUAAGGAUUAUUUUCUGGAUUCCCUAGCUGAUGAGGAAUACAAAUUCCCUAGGAGAUUUAAGUACCUUAAACUGGACUACCUCUGUGCUUAUCUAAAUGAUAAGCUUGAUGAAGUCUUAGAUACAAAAAUGAAAGUUCCCUCUAAGAUUGUUCAAGGGACAGAACUUUUUAGCCCAGAAUACCAUGAGCUUUUAUGUAAAAAGUUACGGGCUUGUGGUUUUGGUCAGUUUAGAUCAUCUCCUGCAGUCACAAGUGUUUUAAAUGACAUCAGCUUGCCAGCAAGCAUACAUGAAGUUGUUUUGAAGAGAUUGUGGUCAGAAUUACCAAUGGAACUUCUGCAACUGGCCUUUUCUAACUACCCUGAAAUCCUUGAAGUGCUUGUGGACGAAAAGAGGUCGGCUUUGGAAUUCUCUGCCGUACCGGACCAAUCCCAGUUGCCUCCUUUUAUUUUAAGGAAGCCUUCAUGCCGCAGCAGUAAGUGGUCACAGAAAGUGAAACCCAGUGAUGCCCUUGUCGGUCCAGUUCUUCCUCUUCCUAUAUUGCUUACACUUCAUGAACUUCGCAAUGGGUGUCUGAAUUCGCAAGAUGAACAGUCAGGUAAAUUUUCAGUAGAGGUAGAAAUUAGUCGCAGCUGUAAUGAGAUCAUGCAGGUCGCCAGUGAAAUGACUGUUUCUAAACUGGACCCUGAGAUUGUUGAUGAACAAGCGGCAUCCCUAGCUAAUGAUGGAGAGAGACAUGGAGAUGCACUCAACAACCGAAACCUUUCUUUUCAUACCAGCCAGUUGCAGGUACAGGAUCUCCAAUGGACCAUAUACGGGGACAAAUCUGUCUUUAAGGAUGACAGAUUUGACACCGUAAUUUCUAAAGUGUCUGAGAAGAAUCCUGCUCCCAACGGUAGUGAGGAUAACGUCGGACUGGAACUGUUUGAUGAUCUUUGUCCAGUAGAGUUGAAGUUUGAUGCAUCUGACAUGAAGUUUAAGCAGAAGGAAUUGAGUGCAUAUAAUGUAUUGAAGAAACAAUUUGUAGAAUGGCAAAACAGUUUUGACUUGUACAAAGAAUUCCGCUCCCAUAUUGAAUCAAAUAGCUAAUACAUUACUCUCUGAA